GAUUCUGUCAUAAGCCUGACUGGAGUGGACCUCCUUGAGCUGCUGCAGCUGCCUACACAGUGACACAGGUUUAGAAAAGUGACUUCAAACCAACUUUGGGGCACUGGAUUUGAUCCUCUGAAAACCACAGGUCUCACAUGGGUCCCUGAUCAGUCAUUGAAAGUCUCAUUCAGUGGAAGGUCCCUCUUCCUUUGGUGACAGUUCUUCUCUCCAAGAUACCACUGUUAUGGAAUUUAAAGACAUAAUCCUGAGUGGAGCAUUCUUCUUCCAGACAGGAAUUGGGGUCCUAGGGAAUUCCUUUCUUAUUUGUCUCUUCAUCUUUGUGUUUCUCAGUGGACAUGGAAUGAGGGCUAUAGACACUAUUGUCACCCAACUGGCCUUGGUCAACUGCUUCGUGCUUCUCUCUAAGGGCAUUCCUCAGACACUGGCAGCUUUGGGUCUCAUGAAUUUCUUGGAUGAUAAUGGCUGUAAAAUUAUGUUCUACCUUCACAGAGUAGCUCGGGGCCUUUCCCUCAGCAUGACUUGCCUCCUGAGUGGCUUUCAGGCCAUCACCAUCAGCCCCAUCAACUCUAAUUUUGCAGAGCUUAAAGCCAGAGCCCCAGGAUACCUCAUUCCCUCCAGUCUCUUCUGUUGGAUUUUUCACCUGCUUUUUUCCAGUUAUAUUCCUGUUGGAAUUAAGGGACCAACGCAAAACAGAAACAUCACUGAGAUACAACAUAAUGGAUAUUGUUCUCAUGAAAUUCCCACUGUAUUACAAGCCUCCUUAUUUGCAACCAUCCUCUCCUUUCCUGAUGCUAUUUUUUUGGGACUCAUGGUGUCUGCCAGUGGCUACAUGGUGAUUCUCCUGCAUAGGCAUCACAAGCAAGUCCAGCAAAUCCACAUUACCUGCCUCUCUCCUCGAGCCUCCCCUGAGACCAAGGCCACCAAAACUAUCCUACUCCUAGUGAGCACUUUUGUUUCCUCUUACUUAUUCAAUUGCAUCUUAACAAUGUAUAUGUCUUUUGUAAAGUCCCCACCCUGGUUGAUUCAUACCUCUGCAUUCCUAGCUGCAUGUUUCCCAGCUGUUAGCCCCUAUCUGCUAAUCAGCAGUGACUCACAAACUACCAGGUACUGCCAUGCUCUUUGGGGAGGAAACCCCACACUUUGACCCUGAUAACAAAUUAAUAUUCUCUGCCCAGGAUGAUCUCCUGAAAGUUCCAGUGAGAGGAAAAGGAUCCCCACAUCAAAUGAGACCUACAUCUGGUGCUAAUUGUUAGAUUAACCUUUCCUUUCUUAGAAACAAUGGGUGGCUUGGGAAUAUGGAUACUAGGGUAAGAGAGUGAUCUCAAACUAAUGAUUCUUAGACCUUUUAUUCCUUGAGUCAUCCCCAGGAUGCUGGAAUGUCAACAUUGGAAGUUCCUACGACUAGAUCAG